AUGGCUGUGGCUCCGGUUAAGUUUACCACCAUUCCUGUUUUUUUAAUCAUCUUCUUCACCAACCCAUUUGUAUGUCGAUGCAGAUGUCCCCUGCAGGAAUCUGAAGCUCUCCUUUCCUUAAACUUCACCUUCCUUCCGCCCUCUUUAGAAAAUCAAACAGUAUUCUAUGCUGGAUCAGAUGGAACUUCUGGGACAUAUGAAACUACUCCAUGGAUAAAUGGAACAGACUGCUGCGAGUGGCAUGGCAUAACAUGCAAUCAGAACAAAAGCCACGUAGAGACGAUAGAUUUAGAGUUAUCCGACAACGGAAUAAUAGGAGGAGUCAUAUCUGAUAGCCUAUGCAAACUUCUGUUUCUUAGAGAGAUAUCCAUGCGGACCAUCGACACAACAGGUAAUCUUCCUUCCUGUUUGGGAGAUCUCCAUUAUCUUCAAUCUCUAAGAAUAGAUGAGAGUCGAUUGAGUGGGAUAAUACCCCUUAGUAUUUGUACGCUCACAAAUCUGACUGACCUUUUCCUUGGAGGGAAUCAACUGAGUGGAAACUUGCCAUUUUGUCUGAACAAUCUUUCUUCUUUGACAUUUCUCGACCUUUCAAAGUAUCGAUUAAGUGGCCAAAUUCCAUUUACAUGGGGAAAUCUCCCAUUGCUUUAUUCCUUGGAUAUUUCCUUCAACCAAUUGAGUGGAACUCUCCCCUUGUCAUUUUCAGGGCUGUCUUCCCUUGCUAUCCUCUUUGCCCAUGGAAAUAGAUUCAAUGAGAGUACCCCUUAUUGGGCCUUACCAUCCUCUAUUGAAAGUCUCUACCUUUCACUAAACCAUGAGGUCACAGUUUCAGAGACAUUUUUCCAUAACCUUACCAAUUUACAAGUUUUUUCUCUAUCCAAUUGCACACUAAAUAUUAGUACAUCCUGGAUUCCCAACUUCCAGCUCGCUAUGUUAGAACUUGUGUCAUGCCAGAUGGGCGGUCAAAUUCCACCCUGGAUUUCAACUCAGUUCGAGUUGCAGUCCUUGACAUUAGCUAAUAACGUUCUCGUUGGAGAAAUUCCCUCUUGGCUAUGGGAUACAGCUGCUUCAUUAUUUAAACUAAAUCUCUCACGGAAUCAUCUGAAUGGGCCCAUUUUUCCAAAUGGUCGGAAUUCUGAGAUGUUAGUGUUGGAUGUAUCUAGCAAUGCAUUAAGUGGAUGCAUACCUAUCGCGUGGACGACAAUUAGAUCACCUUAUGAGCUUUCAGGAGCCACAGACAAUUGGGGAUCUAGAUUACCUCCUGACAGUCGAGAGGAUUGGCCCGGGCCUCCUCUUACAUUUAUGCUCAAUGACAAUUUGUUUACGGGCAACAUUCCUCCAAGCUUGUGCAAUUUGUCUGUACCGGUGCGAAUGCUAAAUCUUCAAAAGAACAAGUUGGAUGGAACGAUUCCUUGGUGUUUAAUCCAAGAUGGAUCAAUUUUCUAUGAUAUAAAUUUAGGAGGUAACAGUCUGGAGGGAAGGAUACCUGAAGGUCUAAUCGUCUCAUCUGGCAUCAGGUCCUUGGUGCUAAAAAAUAAUCAGCUCAGCGGAACCUUCCUUCCCUCAUUUGCCAAUGAUACAGCUUUAAAAGUGCUUGAUAUUGGGCACAACAAAUUCACAGGACAUCUUCCAAAGUCAAUAGGGAAUAUUUCAAAUCUUCAAGUGCUGGUGAUGAAGGAUAACCAGUUCAGCGGUAACAUUCUUUCAAAAAUUGGUGAUCUCAAGCAGCUCCAGAUACUAGACCUUUCCUCCAACAACUUGUCAGGCUCUAUUCCACACAGCAUUGUUUUUAUACGAGCGAUGGCUGUAGUGGCAGAGGAUGGCUAUGUGUUGCACAGUGAACCAGCGUCUCGGGGAAAUUUUACCAUCCAAAACUCUUCUCUUGGUGGACUGGAUAUGAAUCCCAAAGGGACAGAGCUAUACUACCCAUAUAUUCUAUCCACACUCACUACCAUUGAUCUCUCCAACAAUCAAUUGAAUGGAGAUGUUCCUCUUGAUUUUGGCAAGUUGAAGGGCUUGAUGUUUCUGAAUCUAUCCAUGAACAAUCUCAGUGGAAUUAUUCCACCCAGUUUGGGGGAUAUGAGCGUUCAUUUGCAUGUAAUUAAUUUGCAUUAA